AUGGCCGCGGAGAGACGCCGUGUGGAGAAUGACGAUCAUAUGGGGGGGAAGAAGAGGAAGAGGCGGGGCCGCUGGACUUCAUGGAUGACGUCAGUCAACAUCAAGAACAGAACAGACUGUCACAAUAUAAUGACAUGGCACCAACCGCAGGAGGAAAAAAACACGCCUGGCCAAACCACGCCUGGCCAAACCACCCCUGACAAACAACGCCUGGCCAAACCACGCCUGGCCAUUCCACGCCUGGCCAAACCACCCCUGGCCAAACCACCCCUGGCCAUUCCACGCCUGGCCAUUCCACGCCUGGCCAAACCACGCCUGGCCAUUCCACGCCUGGCCAAACCACGCCUGGCCAUUCCACGCCUGGCCAUUCCACGCCUGGCCAAACCACGCCUGGCCAUUCCACGCCUGGCCAAACCACGCCUGGCCAUUCCACGCCUGGCCAUUCCACGCCUGGCCAUUCCACGCCUGGCCAAACCACCCCUGGCCAAACCACCCCUGGCCAUUCCACGCCUGGCCAUUCCACGCCUGGCCAAACCACGCCUGGCCAUUCCACGCCUGGCCAAACCACGCCUGGCCAUUCCACGCCUGGCCAUUCCACGCCUGGCCAAACCACGCCUGGCCAAACCACGCCUGGCCAAACCACACCUGACAAACCACACCUGGCCAAACCACACCUGGCCAUUCCACGCCUGA